CUUUUCGCGGGCUUUGGUUGGUCACGUGAGGUUUUCGCGCCAAACCCUGUGAGAGCUCAGCAAGGACCGAGACAGACACAGAGAGCGGCAUGGCGGUGAGUGGGGCUCCCCACAUGGAUAAUGUGUGUAUGGGACAGGAUCCAUUCACUGCAUCUCCGGGUCUUAUCACUAGCCGGGGUUACUGAUCGGGCAAAACGGAACCUUUAAUUCCUGGAGCGCCAGACACACUGUGUAUUGUUUAUACAGCACCCAGGGCCACCAUGGACUCCAUAAAUAAACCUUCACCCAGGCGGAAACCUGUUACUAACAACAAUAACAACAACAAUAAUAAUAACAAUAAUAACAAUAAUAAUAAUAAUUAUACUGCUACUAGUAACUAAUAAUAAUACUAAUACUGUUACUAGUAAUACUGCUACCCUCAGCCAUACACUGACUGUUACUAGUAAUACUGCUACCCUCAGCCAUACACUGACUGUUACUAGUAAUACUGCCACCCUCAGCCACACACUGACUGUUACUAGUAAUACUGCCACCCUCAGCCAUACACUGACCUGUUACUAGUAAUACUGCCACCCUCAGCCAUACACUGACCUGUUACUAGUAAUACUGCUACCCUCAGCCAUACACUGACUGUUACUAGUAAUACUGCUACCCUCAGCCAUACACUAACUGUUACUAGUAAUACUGCUACCCUCAGCCAUACACUGACCUGUUACUAGUAAUACUGCCACCCUCAGCCAUACACUGACCUGUUACUAGUAAUACUGCUACCCUCAGCCAUACACUAACUGUUACUAGUAAUACUGCCACCCUCAGCCACACACUGACUGUUACUAGUAAUACUGCCACCCUCAGCCAUACACUGACCUGUUACUAGUAAUACUGCUACCCUCAGCCAUACACUGACUGUUACUAGUAAUACUGCUACCCUCAGCCAUACACUAACUGUUACUAGUAAUACUGCUACCCUCAGCCAUACACUGACCUGUUACUAGUAAUACUGCUACCCUCAGUCAUACACUGACCUGUUGCUAAUAAUACUGCUACCCUCAGCCAUACACUGACUGUUGCUAAUAAUACUGCUACCCUCAGCCAUACACUGACCUGUUACUAGUAAUACCGCUACCCUCAGCCAUACACUGACUGUUACUAGUAAUACUGCUACCCUCAGCCAUACACUGACUGUUACUAGUAAUACUGCUACCCUCAGCCAUACACUGACUGUUACUAGUAAUACUGCUACCCUCAGCCAUACACUGACCUGUUACUAGUAAUACUGCUACCCUCAGCCAUACACUGACCUGUUACUAGUAAUACUGCUACCCUCAGCCAUACACUGACCUGUUACUAGUAAUACCACUACCCUCAGCCAUACAUUGACCUGUUACUAGUAAUACUGCCACCCUCAGCCAUACACUGACUGUUACUAGUAAUACUGCUACCCUCAGCCAUACACUGACCUGUUACUAGUAAUACUGCUACCCUCAGCCAUACACUGACCUGUUACUAGUAAUACCACUACCCUCAGCCAUACAUUGACCUGUUACUAGUAAUACUGCCACCCUCAGCCAUACACUGACUGUUACUAGUAAUACUGCUACCCUCAGCCAUACACUGACCUGUUACUAGUAAUACCGCUACCCUCAGCCAUACACUGACCUGUUACUAGUAAUACCGCUACCCUCAGCCAUACACUGACUGUUACUAGUAAUACUGCUACCCUCAGCCAUACACUGACCUGUUACUAGUAAUACCGCUACCCUCAGCCAUACACUGACUGUUACUAGUAAUACUGCUACCCUCAGCCAUACACUGACUGUUACUAGUAAUACUGCUACCCUCAGCCAUACACUGACCUGUUACUAGUAAUACCGCUACCCUCAGCCAUACACUGACCUGUUACUAGUAAUACUGCCACUAGUAAUAAUAUUGCUACUAGUAAUACUGCCACCCUCAGCCAUACACUGACUGUUACUAGUAAUACUGCCACUAGUAAUAAUAUUGCUACUAGUAAUACUGCCUCAGCCAUACACUGACUGUUACUAAUAAUAAAACUGCCACUAGUAAUACUGCCACCCUCAGCCAUACACUGACCUGUUACUAGUAAAUAAUACUUCCGCUAGUAAUAAUUCUGCUACUAGUAAUACUGCCACCCUCAGCCAUACACUGACCUGUUGCUAAUAAUACUGCUACCCUCAGCCAUACACUGACAUGUUGCUAGUAAUACUGCUACCCUCAGCCAUACACUGACUGUUACUAAUAAUAAAACUGCCACUAGUAAUACUGCCACCCUCAGCCAUACACUGACCUGUUACUAGUAAAUAAUACUGCCGCUAGUAAUAAUUCUGCUACUAGUAAUUCUCAUAUCCUUACCUGUUGCUAGCAGUGCUGAUGUGCAUGUACCAUGAUUCUAAACCUCACCAAUUAUUAGCAUUGUUGCUCUUUGCAUACUUUACUUGCCCAAGUUAGUCAAAUCAAGGCCUUUUCUACUUUGUGAUCUGUCAAUGAUUGCUAAACCUAUCAGAACAUCAAAAUCAGACAUCCAUAAAUAAGCACACCAUACUAUAUAUAUAUAUAUAUAUAUAUAUAUAUAUAUAUAUAUAUAUAUAUAUAUAUAUAUAUAUAUAUAUAUAUAAAAUCUGAAAAAGUAGCAGUGCUACCAGCAAUGCAUGCCGGUGUGUUUUGAGUAACAUUAAUAAAGGAGCCUAAACACCAUAGCCAACUACUUGUUAUGGUGCUAUCUCACAAUACUGUGAAGGGGAAAAAUAAGUUCAUCCAGCUUCAUCAUAUGGCCGUGUCUCUUGCUCAGUAUAUUGCAUAGUAGACGUUAUAUACUUUAGUGCUGUAGAACUUAAUAGUGGUAUUAUAAUACAAAUAAUUAGCAAUCUCAAUCCCACUCAUAUUUUGACAGCAUUAAGUUGUUGUAAGCGCCAGUCAUUCAACCUGGAACUAAUGCUGCAUAAGGUAAAAGCUGCCCUGCACUAAAACUUCCGCUCCUAUCAGUUCAGACAACCCAGUUCUGUUUUGUUAAUAAGAAACUGCAUAAGAGUGGCGUGAAGCUCUGUUUUUAUAUAGUGGUAAUCUUCUGGUUCUGGCACAUUUAGAGCUGGUCAUAUAAGGGUCCUUCUGCAAAUUUAUUUUACAAGCAGGUGCUAGAUAAUGACAGAUCCUUAUCAUGAGCAUAGGUUAUGAUGGGCUCUCCCUUUUUAAUGUGAAAACCAGGUACAGUGGUAUUAUUGCUCCUCAUAAAAUAGGUAAUGCCGUGAAAUUUCUUUAGACACAUUUUUACUAACUCCUAUGUGAAUUACAGGAUUCCUCAGAAUCAUUCACUAUUGCCACAAGUCCCAGAGCUGGGUCAAGACGUGGAGAUGCCUUGACUUCCAGUCCUGGGAGAGAUCUUCCGCCUUUUGAAGAUGAAUCUGAAGGUAUCUUGGGGGAUGAGGGUCUCCCAGUAGAUGAAGAGGAAGAUGGAGAGGAACUGAUUGGGGAUGGCAUGGAAAGGUAAUGAUGCUAUCUUUGCAGACACUUGAUAUUGAUGCAGAAAUUAACAUGUUUAUACUGUAUCUUGAUGCUUCAACCGUAAUAUUUGUGUCCAUAUAGGGAUUACCGUCCCAUCUCUGAGCUGGAUGUUUAUGAGGCAGAAGGUUUGGAUGACGAAGACGUGGAAGAACUGACAGCCAGUCAGAGGGACGCAGCUGAGCAAUCAAUGAGAAUGCGUGACCGGGAGUCGGGUCGUGAUUUAGGACGUAUGCGAAGAGGGCUUCUCUAUGGUAUGUUAUCAAAGUGUGUGUAUUCGUGUAAAAUAAAUAAUAUUUAGGAUAGAUAAUCUAUACAUAUUAUGCAACCACCCUGUUAUGACUGUAAGAUGUCCAUUUUAAUUCCUCCCUAACUAUAGUUUUUGUUUUUCUAUGAUUAUCAGACAGCGAUGAUGAAGAAGAAGAUCGUCCUGCUCGAAAGCGCAGAAUGGCAGAGCGUGCUGCAGAGGGAGCAACAGAUGAAGAUGAGGAGAUGAUAGAAAGCAUUGAAAACCUUGAGGACAUGAAAGGUCAUACAGUGAGAGAAUGGGUGUCCAUGGUUGCUACCCGCCUGGAAAUUUAUCAUCGCUUCAAGAACUUCCUGAGGACCCAUGUGGAUGAACAUGGGCACAAUGUAUUCAAAGAGAAGAUCAGUGACAUGUGCAAAGGUACUGUCUUAGGAAAACUAUUACAUUAUGUCUGGCUGUGUUCACCAUAUGGCAUAACUGGAUAUUCCAUCUGCAGAAUGCAAAAUGCUACAUUACCAAAUCAUUGUAAAAUAAACCUGUUUCUUUUCUGAAAGUGACAGUUUCUUGUUCCCGAACACCAGUAAAGUGUUUGGAGUAUUUACUGGGGUGGGCAGGGCUGUAGGGGAGAAAAUAAUCAUUUUGAUUUACAGUACUUCCCACAUCCUUGCCCUUUUUGCCCUAGGCAUGCUCAUGUUCCCUUGGACACCUGCACAGACAGGCUUAUAAGUAAAAGCAUGCUCUCACCUUCUUUUCUUCUGUUGUGCCGCAUGCUUUUAUGUUACUGGAGGUAAUUUGAAAUCACAUGCUAUGUAAAUAAAACUAUUGAGUGUUUUAAUAAAAUGAAUUGACGUAUCAUAACUAUCCUGUUGUGAUAAAAAUCUCAGAAGAGACACUAUAUGCCAAGUAUAAAGACAUUUUUUUUUUUUUUUUUUCUUAGAGAACAAGGAGAGCUUGGUGGUAAAUUAUGAGGAUUUGGCUGCCAGAGAACAUGUCCUAGCCUAUUUCUUGCCAGAAGCCCCAGCAGAAAUGCUUAAGAUAUUCGAUGAGGCAGCAAAAGAAGUUGUGCUCGUCAUGUACCCGAAGUAUGACCGUAUUGCCAAGGAGAUACAUGUCCGUAUAUCCCAUCUUCCACUAGUGGAGGAGCUAAGAUCUCUGAGGUGAGAUGCAAUAUACGUAUGUGAUUUAAGUGGUGUGUUUUUGGCACGUACCAAAAUAAAAUAAAUUUUAUCCAAUAUAAAUAUUUGAACAUUAUUUUAUUCAGAAACUCUGAUUAAAAGUUAGAAUUAUGUAGACUUAAUAUUUUUACAUCCCUUAUAAACCACAAGAGUGUGUGUCAUAUUGAAAUUAAAUUGUGUUUUGGUUAACCCCUUAAGGACACACGUCGUGUGACAUGUCAUGAUUCCCUUUUAUUCCAGAAGUUUGGUCCUUAAGGGGUUAAGCAUGAGAACACCUUCUAUUGUUAUUGUAUUUUGACUUUUACAAAUACGGCAUACCAUCUUUUGUGUUUCUCAGGCAGCUGCAUUUGAACCAGCUAAUUCGUACAAGUGGAGUAGUCACCUGCUGUACUGGGGUCCUGCCACAGCUCAGUAUGGUGAAGUACAAUUGUAACAAGUGCAACUUCAUACUCGGACCAUUCUCCCAAUCUCAGAACCAGGAAGUGAAGCCAGGAUCCUGUCCUGAAUGUCAAUCUUUUGGGCCUUUCGAAAUAAACAUGGAAGAGGUAAGCUUCAUGUUUUGGAGUCAGAACCACAUUCUUUGAAACACUAUAAUCAUGAUCCCUACAAAAUAUUCCUGAUCAUUGCUUCACAUUUAGUACGAUCUCAAAAUAGCUCUUUAUAAAUGGGUUCACUGUUUUGUGUGUUGUACAUUGAGUAGGUGUUUGUUUUGGAAAGAGCGGUUUAGUUGGGAUGUGGCUCAUUUGCAUUGCUUUUGAAGCCAAAUGUGAAAUAGUCUAAUUACAGCCAAAUUAAUGCCAUGUCCUCCUUUCUUUCAGACUGUCUACCAGAACUACCAGCGCAUAACAAUUCAGGAGAGCCCUGGUAAGGUCGCAGCUGGUCGAUUGCCUCGUUCCAAGGAUGCCAUCCUGCUAGCAGAUUUAGUAGAUAGCUGCAAACCAGGAGAUGAAAUUGUAAGUACAAUAAUGGACAGUCCCAGGGCUGAGUACAUUUUAAAAAUGUCUGAGGACAAAGCUCACUGAUAUAAUCCACCUACUUAAACAGUUGUUUGGGUGUUUUUUGUAGGAACUGACUGGUAUUUAUCAUAACAACUACGAUGGAUCUCUGAACACUGCCAGUGGUUUUCCUGUUUUUGCAACUGUUAUUCUUGCCAAUCACAUCACCAAGAAAGAUGACAAAGUAGCUGUUGGAGAGCUCACAGAUGAAGAUGUAAAGGCUAUUGUGGCACUCUCCAAAGAUGAACGGAUUGGCGAGAGGGUAAGCUAAGUCUGUUUGGGAAUAUUGUCUAGUUCCAUAAGCAGCUAAUGGUGUUGGUUAUGAACCAGGAUUAUUCACAUAUUUUUUUUCUUCUUUGUCUUCUGCAGAUCUUUGCAAGCAUGUCCCCAUCCAUCUAUGGGCAUGAAGAUAUCAAGAGAGGGCUGGCCCUUGCUCUCUUUGGAGGAGAACCAAAGAACCCAGGUGAGUUUUGAGAUACCUUUUGUCAUACUAAUGACAUUCAAUGUUGUUUACUUUUUAGGUGAGGUCUGUGUAUCAACUACCGUAUUUUUAUUUAUAUGCCUGUUUUCUCCCAUACCUCCAUAGAGUAUGCGACUAAAUUUGGUUUGACCUUUUGUUUUUUACUGUCAUCUUCUCUUAAAGUGGAAUGACCACUUUUCUGGAAACAGAAUAUAUUAAAAUAAUAAAAAUAGCCUGUAGCUCGUCAACUUUAUUCUUUGUACUUCAUAAAUAUAUAUAUAAAGACAAUAAGCAAAAAAAAAAAAAAUACCAUUGUGACCUUUCCCCUUCAAAACUUGUAAAACUGACCUAGAGAACAACUCCUCCUAAGCUCUGUUUUGUUGAGUGGUUUGACACGAACUCUUUAUCUUGUAAAGAUGUAUCCUAAAAUAUCGAAAUAUUUGAAUAUAUUCAGUGUAUUUUUUUUUCCUUAAAUAUUUAAUCUAUACUUUGAUUUUAGGCCAAACCACAUGCGUGCUGAUGCUGUUACUAGAACUUGUUUUUGUGUGGGAUUGUUCAGCAAACUGUGUACAGUUGACUAGGGAAUUCUAACUUGUAGACCAUUUUAUUUCUCAAGGUUGUCCACAAAUGUAUUUCCUUGUGAACUGCCUUAAUUUGAAUCAAGUUAAUUAUACAGCGUUUUUCCCAAUGAUACUUGGCAGGUGGAAAACACAAGGUCCGUGGUGACAUCAACGUACUCCUUUGCGGUGACCCUGGAACUGCCAAAUCCCAGUUUCUUAAGUACAUUGAGAAAGUCUCCAGCAGAGCAGUAUUCACCACUGGUCAGGGAGCAUCUGCUGUGGGUCUGACUGCUUACGUCCAGCGCCACCCAGUGACCAAGGAGUGGACUCUGGAAGCAGGAGCUCUUGUUCUGGCAGACAGAGGAGUGUGCUUGAUCGAUGAGUUUGACAAGGUUUGUGCUGUAGCCAUCAAAUUAAAAACGUUGAUCAAGUUAAAUAGCAAAAUAUCACUAACCCUGGGUAUAAUUGGCAGAGACUAGCUUUAAUUAUAUAAGCAAUAAAAUUCCAUUUGAUUCUUUUAUUUUUUUAUUGGAGAGAACACCUCUUUUAGGUGUUACUGCAGAAUAUGCAAAGACCCUCAAAAGCGGCAAGUCUGUUUAAUGCAAAAGCCUACCAUCACAAGAGUUAACCCCUGAUUCUCCUCCUCCUCUACCCCAGAUUCUCUUCUUCCUCUCCACCAGCAUCUCCUCCUCUUCUCCAUUUGUGUGUGUGUGUGUGUGUGGGUGUGUGGAGGGGGGGACGACAGCCAGCCCUGGUGGUUAGGCGGUGGUAAGUAUGUAGGACAGGUUCGCCAGGACUCCCAUGCGUAGAAUGCAGUGUGGAGCGUUGCCAUGGUAACGCGCAGCAACGCUCCACACAGAUUGCUCGCGGGAAGGCAGAAGAGUUGCUUCGUAGAUCCCUCCCCCUGCUUCCGAUACCAACCGGCGACCCAUGGCCGCGUGCCCGCAGAGAGGGCCCGGCGUGCCAUCACUGGCAUAUAACAGCACAAUUAUUGUUUUAAAGGACCACUAUAGUGCCCUGAGGGUGCCCCACCCUCAGGGUUCCCCUCCCGCCGGGCUGGAUGGCAAGGAAAGGGGUUGAAACUUUUUUCCAGCGCCGGGCAGGGAGCUCUCCUCAUAUUCUUCGGCUGAAUGCGCAUGCGCAGCAGGAGUUGCGCAUGCAUUCAGCCUGUCUCCUAGGAAAGCAUUUACAAUGUUUUCCUAUGGACACUGGCGUCUUCUCACUGUGAUUUUCACAGUGAGAAGCACGCAAACGCCUCUAGCGGCUGUCAAUGAGACAGCUACUAGGGGCUGGAUUAACCUUUUUAUAAACAUAGCAGUUUCUCUGAAACUGCUAUGUUUAUUAAAAAAAAAAAAUGGGUUAAUCCUAGAGGGACCUGACACCCAGACCACUUCACUAAGCUGAAGUGGUCUGGGUGCCCAGAGUGGUCCUUUAAGGAAACAGAGUGAGUCAGGUUAGGCAACUGCACAAUUCCAAACAAGAUAUAUUAACUAAAGCUAGUCUAGAUAGUGGGUGUAACAGAUGUUUUCUAGAUGUAGUAGAUAUACCAAUGGAUGUGCUUCUGGUGCCUCGUUUAUUGUUAGAGGACGCUCACAGUAAAAUAAAAUAGAGUAAUACCCGCGAGUGAUAACCUAGCUAAACAGGGUGGUGGUCCUUAAAACCUUAGUGUGUGAAAGAGAGCUUGUUAUUCAGCCUAUACCCUUCGUAUAGAGACUUCUGCCCCAGAAUGGUGAGUAGUAUUGGCCUCCCUGAUCAGCCACCCAACUCUUCCAGACCUUUACACAGUGCAGCACUACAGUCUUUAGGGUCCCAUUUUUAGCUGAGGCUGAGUUCAGGGUUCGGGGACUAGAGGUACUUUUUAUUCCAGUGCCAGUGAGCAGCACCUACGUUCAGUGUCUCCACAUUCUGCAUGGAGGUGCUGAAUGUUCCCCGUAAAAAUGCAUUGAGUCAGUGUAUCUAUAUGAGAAGAUGCUGAUUUUGUUAUGCACGUGCUAUAGAUUCCCAAAGCUUUCGCAUAGGCUGAGAUCCUCAACAUGAAACAUUAGUUGGUUCAAUAAUUGCAAAAUGAUCGACCAAUUUAGUAGAAUUGGGGAAAACCUGAAUGAAUCAAUGUCAGUUUUGUAAAACUAUCCAAAUUUUGUCUCUUCUCCAUAAGUCAAGACGUUAAACAGCUUGCAUUUUGCAGAGUUCCGAACUAUAGAGUAUUUUAAUGUUAUUGAAUUUUUGGGCAGGUUAAUGAUAGGAACAAAGUUGCUACAUCACCCAUUGUAUUUUUAUUAAUUUGUUUGCAAUAUCUUGUAGAUGAAUGAUCAGGACAGAACCAGUAUACAUGAAGCUAUGGAACAACAGAGUAUCUCCAUCUCCAAGGCUGGCAUUGUCACUUCCCUACAGGCACGAUGCACUGUAAUAGCUGCUGCCAAUCCCAUUGGUGAGGUUUUUUAAUAUAUAUAUUUUCUUCCUUGUGAAGUCAACUUGACUUAAUUUGUAUUUGUCUAUUGUGUGCCGUGGCAUGUGUGGUUUGCUAUGUGCUCUUGACCCUUCAGCUUCCCAAAGAGUGAUGGAGAAAAGGGCUGUGCAUCAUUGCAGCCCAUAUUAAUGUUGAAGUACCAUUUUGUUUGACUAUUGAAGCAAAUACUUUCACACUGCACUGUAUUUAUCAUGUUUGUAUGUGUUUCAGGUGGUCGUUACGAUCCUUCCUUAACCUUUUCUGAGAAUGUGGACCUGACUGAGCCCAUUGUUUCUCGAUUUGAUGUUCUUUGUGUGGUGAGAGACACAGUGGAUCCUGUUCAGGUACAGAAUUUGCCAAACUUUUAGUACUGUUACCAUGUGUGGACAAUAAAACAAAGUCAAUUGACUUAAAAAUACAAUUUCUCGAAGUCUGAAAACCAGUUUCAAGUGUACUUUCUAUACAUUUUCUGUUCUUGGUGACCUGUCAUGCGGGCAGGUCUGAUAUAGGAAUUUAAAAGUAAAUUUUAUAACUACAUUUCCCAUAAAAACAAUAUUCUGUUAUCUUUGUACAUUACAGGAAGCCAUUGUAAUAUUUAUAUAGUUAACUUGGUUUUAUUUAGAGAAAAAAAAAUAAUCUUUAUAGCAAGUGCUCAAAAUACUUGAUCACUCGAUUACUCUAUUUUUGGGUAUGUUUAAUAUAACCUAGGAACCAGUAAUUCAGAUGUUCUUAAAUGGAAAGCAUCUCAUUCUACAGAACGAUCUCCACUAUUUUACUGCAUGUACAACAUUCGUUAGCAUUACAAUGCUGCUGACUCUAUGGAAAUGUGUAUUGAGGUGUAAUUUUGCUAAAUGUAUGCAUUGUGGCUUUUUCUUCAGGAUGAAAUGCUUGCACGCUUUGUGGUGGGAAGCCACAUCAAGCAUCACCCGAGCAACAAGGAUAUGGUAGAUUCAGAUAAAUUUGUAUUGCCCAAUACAUUUGGGGUAGACCCUUUACCCCAGGAAGUGCUGAAGAAAUAUCUAAUUUAUGCAAAAGAAAAGAUUCACCCUAAACUAAACCAGAUGGACCAAGAUAAAGUGGCACGAAUGUAUAGUGAUCUCAGAAAGGAAUCUAUGGUAUGCAAAUGGAGUUUUGGGUGAUCAGUGACUAGAUCGUUGUUAAAAUUCUUGUCAUCUCGUGUGUAUGGAGGCAUUACAUAAGAGUGCUUUAUUUUGCAGCCCAUUACAUUAACAAAUGUUUACUGAUAAUACAUGACCGGUAAAAAGUUUUUAUACUCUUGCAUAUUCCUGCCAGCUAUUCUUUUGCUGGUGUAUUUUGAUUCGUGACCACAAGAUGGUGCAAUCUUACAACUUUGUUUUGUUUAAAUUGACCACUACAACUUUUUGUAAUUGUUAUUUGUAUUUAUAUAACUCGAAGAUUUUCCUUAGUGCUUCACAGUUUAUAUACUGGGGUUGCUAAACAGGUAAUAACUGUCUCACAAAAUAUCUGAUUCAAUAGGUGAAGAAGGCCCUGUUCAAAUGAGGUUUACAAUGUAGGAGUGAUGUUGUCUUUGGGUACAGGGCCUGUAUUUCUCUUUUCUUUUCUUUUUUUUUUUUUUUAAAAUUGUGUUUUAGGAUUAUGAGUACAUAAAAACAAUAAUUGUCAAACCACUUUUAAGCAGUUUGACAUAAUUGGGGCUUCGAUGGCACCCAAGGCCUGGCCUCUCUGCUCCUACUCCUGACAUAAUGUGAAAGUUUCUGCAUUUUAUUUAUAUUUUUAUUUGUGUGUGUGUGUGUACUCAAAAUUUGAAAGUUAGGUUAUGCAUGCUAGGGCAGUGCUUCAGCCCUGCACUUGCAACUUAUCAUUGCCAUCCAAAUUAGGACUGUUUUAUCUCGUUAAUGCUUACGUUCUAUGCUUUUUCUUCCUACCUUGGGAUAUAUGUAUUAAACUGUGCAAUGUUACACACACACACACACACACAUAAUUGUUACAUAGCUGUUCUAGAGCUGAAUUCAGGGAGGAUAAAGACCUGCUGUAGCGCACAUAUAGGUACAUGUCUGCAAUAUCUUCUACUAUGACCUUUUAUCUCCUUAACUCACCAUGGCUCACAUGGAGAUGUCUUGAUUAUUUUGUUUAUUUUAGAACAUUUACCUUUUUGAAGCACAUGCUGAGCCAACUCCAGUGACAUGCAAAGCUUUAAUCAUACAACUCUCUAAAUGCAUGGCCUAGUUAUGUUGAUAUCUGCAGACUGCUGCCUUCCUGAUGCCACUAUUCAUACCUUACGAACAAGCAUUUUUCUCUUCUCUCCAGGCCACUGGUAGCAUUCCUAUCACUGUUCGACACAUAGAGUCAAUGAUCCGAAUGGCAGAAGCUCAUGCCCGCAUGCACUUGCGGGAUUAUGUUGUUGAGGAUGACGUAAACAUGGCCAUAAGGGUGAUGCUUGAGAGCUUCAUUGAUACACAAAAAUUCAGCGUCAUGAGGAGCAUGAGAAAGGUCAGUCUGGCAUGCCCUGUUCUUUUCACCUCCAUACCAUCCAAGUCUAAUAGUGGCUAUAAGUACCCAGGCUUUAUCAUAUUACUAUCUUUCUGAGGGAUUACAGUAAAAAUAUGUAAACAAAAACAGAGCAUAUUAGAAUGGGGAAAAGAUUGGGGAAACUCAGUUUGCUGGAUAGUCCCCGCUCAGGUCUAACUUGUGCCAUUACAUUUGCAUACCAAACUAAUCUCACCUAUAAGGGCAGUCAUGAACUGAAAUACCCAGAAGUCCUCUCUGCACAAGAGAUACAGAAACCCCAGACAAUUGUGAAAAAGUUAAAUCGAAUUUGGAAUUCCUUGUGUUAAGUAAAAGGCUAAUUAAGGACAGGCACAUCCUGCAAAGCAAAAGUAUUUCUCCUAGUAUGUUUUAUUCUUUUGGUUUCUUGUUGUUUUAAGUAAUGAACUUUGUUUCUUCCUGUAGACCUUCGCUCGUUACCUGGCAUUCAGGAGAGACAACAAUGAACUUCUGCUGUUUAUUCUGAAACAAUUGGUGGCUGAGCAGGUGACUUACCAGAGGAACAGAUAUGGGGCCCAGCAAGACACUGUAGAAGUCUCAGAGAAGGACCUAGUAGACAAAGUAAGUUUUCUUUCUCAACAGCUGCUACUCUUUUUAUCCAUAUAAACAAAAUAUAUUGUUAAACUGUACAAAAUUUGGCUACUGUAAAGGGCCGAUUUCUAGAUUAUGAUUAAACUAUUCUUAGUAAGUGUAAGGGCUACUCCAGGUUUGCAUUAAACCUCCUUUAAACACAUACCCCUACUCUUCCAGUUUUAUUGUGCAGGGCUUAUGGAGUAUUUGGUUCAGCCUCCCCAGCAGUUGUAGUACUUUCAUUGGCUAGUAGAACAGCUGUAUAGGUUUUGUGAAUGAAUCUUUGACAGGAUGUGCAUGCUGGUUUAAAAAUGAAAGCUCUUUCACCCCCCUUCUUCAUCUGAGGCAGAUACAUUUGCUGCAUAUUUAAACUAUGCCAAAAUGGUGGUGAUAUUGUACAGAUAAAUUGUGGAUGAUGGAUUUAGAGCUAAAAUUGUAAAUCUCUUUUGUAUUUGUAUAAUGAUUAGAGAUUUAGGUUUGUGCGUAUAUCACACCAGAAUUUUACUGUCAACGGCAGUUAUCGCCUUGAAUGAAAACUCUCUUGGGUCUCAUCAGAAUUUUAGGCCAAAAUUGAUUGCUUUGUCGCAAUCAACAUGAAUAAAGUUCUACAAUGUAUAUAUUUGUAUUUAAAAAAUUAAAAUGUGGAACUUCAGGGCGAUCAGAAAUUUAAUUUGUUCAUCAAAGGGUUUAUGCUCCCACUGCUGCAGGUCUUUGAAUUUAAUAAGCUCAGUAAAUUAAUCUGCUGAGUGUGAAUAUUUUAUUAGUCUGUCUGCUACAGGGAAGGUUGCAGUAAGCUUGUUUUGGCAUCACUGCAGGAAUUGAUCUGCAUUGUAAUGACAACAGUGACCAACACCAGGGCCUAGAUUUUGUGGUUAAAGAAGUAACUUUUUUCCCAUCGCUAUAAAAAAAUGUAUUUUGCUUUAAGGAAAUAAUGCAGAAAGUACAUUGUUUUGACAUGUUCUAUGCUCUUAUAAAAAUGUUAACUGCUUUUCUUGUAAAUCUUUACUGAUCAUAAUGGACAGUGAGCAAAGAUGGAGACGCCCAGUUCUGUGAUAAAUGUGUAGAUUUCUACAUUUGGCUUUAUUUUUCAGAUCUCACAAAUAUAUUUCUUAGAGGAAAAAGUAAGCAAAGUAUCCUGGGAAGUGACAGUUUCCCUUUAAUUGUAUUUUAACUCAUUUCUAAUUAUGGAUUAAACUUCAUUUUUUGUUUUUGUUUUGUUUUUUGUUUCUCGUUUUAGGCUCGUCAGAUUAACAUUCACAAUCUCUCAGCAUUUUAUGACAGCGAGUUGUUCAAAAUGAACAGGUUCACGCAUGAUGCAAAGAAAAAAUUAAUUAUCCAGCAAUUCUAAGUUUGGACUUUUUGCUUGAUCGGCUUCACUUGUGGAUGUUUGGCGUCUCGCUGAUAUUCAAUUCUUUAGGCAUUCCAUUGUCACAACUGACAGACUUGAGUAAAAGCUAUGGCUGAGUAAAGUUAAACCUGGCUUUAUUCAUUGGACUGGAGAGAGUCCCUGUAUCCGAACAGAUAUUGGAAUUGCAAUGUCCUAUCGAUGACUGUUGAGACAUACCCAGCAAACUCUUCUGCACUGUUCUUGACAGGAAAUAGUUUCAUUUUCUAAUUUGUACAGCUUUGUUCAUCCCACUUUGCUACAAUGGUUUUGAAAAGUGUUAAACUUUUUGACAUGUAUGACUGUUACUGCUGAAUAUGUAGAAAUUAUUUCCUGAAACAAAGUGGCAGCCAUAAUUGAAACAAUUGAAUCAGACUCUUUGACACUGUGCUCUUUGGUAUUGGUUUAAUAUUGCAUAAUAUGUAAAAUAAAGAGCCAAUAUGUCUUGCUUAAAGCAAAUUGUGUUCUUCCUGUCACAUUCUGACAUUGCAUCUUGUAUAUCUCAGUAUGACAUUUGUGAUCUAAUGUAAAUUUUUCUUUUUAUAUUAAAAUACAAGCAGUAUCGUUGAAAACAUGUCAUGGUGUUUUAAAUUAUUCGGAUAAAUGCGUUAAAGGGAACUGCAAAGCAUUGUGUGAGGGUAGUAUGCAUAUGGCCUUGGUGUAUACUGUGCAUAUGAAAAAGAUCUCUUGUGUAACACUCAGGAGUUUUGUCAACCUGAAUUAAAG